CAGACAUGCUGAGAUACAUCCUGUUGACUGUCCUCGCCAGCCUCGUGCUGGCUGAGAGGCCUGAGCCCAGGUACAUGGAGGAUGCUGCAGAAGGGAGAGUGGUGGGUGGAUCGGUGGCUGCCGCCAACUCCUGGCCCUGGCAGAUCUCCCUCCAGUAUAGGUCUGGAAGCAGUUACUACCACACCUGCGGAGGCUCUCUGGUUAAGAGGGGUUGGGUGAUGACCGCUGCUCACUGUGUGGAUAGUUCCAGAACCUGGCGUGUUGUCCUCGGAGAGCACACCCUGUACACCAACGAAGGCAGGGAGCAGACCAUUGCUGUGAGCCAGGUCUACAUCCACCCCGGCUGGAACUCCAACAACGUCGCCGCAGGUUACGACAUUGCCCUGGUGCGUCUGGCGUCUGAGGCCACUCUGAACUCCUACGUGCAGCUGGCCGCACUGCCCUCCUCUGGGGAGGUCCUGCCCCACAACAACCCCUGCUACAUCACCGGAUGGGGACGCACCUCCACCGGUGGUAGCCUCUCUUCCCAGCUGAAGCAGGCCUACCUGCCCGUGGUCGGUCAUAGCACCUGCUCCAGCAGCGGUUGGUGGGGAAGCACUGUCAAGAACACCAUGGUGUGUGCUGGAGGUGGCAGUGACUCUGGUUGCAACGGUGACUCUGGUGGUCCCCUGAACUGCCAGGUGAGCGGCAGGUAUGUGGUCCACGGAGUGACCAGCUUCGUGUCCAGCUUGGGCUGCAACACCUUACAGAAGCCCACCGUCUUCACCCGUGUGUCUGCCUAUCUGAGCUGGAUGGAGGGAAUCAUGGGCUAAUUCAAACGAUGACUCUUGGACCAAUUCAACAUCAACCUGGUUCUGAAAAGGGAAGAAUAAAUACUAAUAAAGCUAA